AAUUCCUCCUCCUCCUCCUCCUCCUCCUCCUCCCUCCGCCGCCGGCUGUACUAGUUUCCUCCCAGUAAUUCACAUGUAGAGAGAAACCUUGGCGGUGAUGAUGGAGUCUAUGGAGUCAUCGUGUGUUCCACCGGGGUUUCGGUUUCAUCCGACCGACGAAGAGCUUGUCGGAUAUUAUCUAAGGAAGAAGGUAGCUUCACAGAAGAUUGAUCUUGAUGUCAUCAAAGAUAUCGAUCUUUAUCGGAUCGAGCCAUGGGAUCUUCAAGAGAAAUGUUGGAUUGGGUAUGAAGAGCAAAAUGAAUGGUACUUCUUUAGUCAUAAGGACAAGAAAUAUCCGACCGGGACGAGGACGAAUAGGGCUACGUUGGCCGGGUUCUGGAAGGCGACCGGAAGAGACAAGGCUGUUUAUGAUAAGAAUAAGCUCAUGGGUAUGAGAAAAACCCUCGUCUUCUAUCGUGGGCGAGCCCCGAACGGCCAAAAGACUGAUUGGAUCAUGCACGAGUACAGAUUAGAAUCGGACGAGAAUAGCCCUCCCCAGGAAGAAGGGUGGGUGGUAUGUAGGGCAUUCAAGAAGCGAACAACGGGACAAUCAAAGACGACAGUCGAGCAGUGGGAUUCGAGCUAUUUCUACGAUGAACCGAUUGGAGUCAGCUCAGCAAUCGAUCCGCUUGAGUUCAUCUCAAGGAAGCCACCACCACAGGGAUUGUUAGAGCAUAAUAAUAUCAUGUGUAAGCAGGAGAUGGAAGCUGAGAAUGUGAAGCUUCUACAAUAUAAUGAUCCAUUUUUACAGCUUCCACAGCUUGAGAGCUCAUCUCUUCCAUUGGUGAAGAGAUCAAGCUCCAUUUCUUUGCUGUCAGAUUGCUAUGAAGAAGAAUAUCAACCAACCAAAAGAAGGAACAACAACAACAUGUCAAAGGUGACGGAUUGGAGGGCACUGGACAAGUUUGUGGCUUCCCAAUUGAGCCAAGAAGAGGCAUUUGAAGGAGAAGGAGAUUCAAGGUUUGGAGCACAAAAUAAUAGUGACAAUCAUAAUUCAGUAGACAUGGCGAUAUUAUUGAUGCAGAAUAGAGUAGAUGAUGAAGAGAACAUGUAUAAAGGGUUCUUAAGUUCAAACUUGGAGUCAAAUAUGUAUUAUUAGAUGAGGCUUAUUAUGGAUCUUGAGAUCAUAUCUCUAUCAUCUAUUUUUGUAUGAUAUGAAUGAGCGAACCACGUUAUCAGA